GUGGUCUCGACGACGUCAAAUGCCCGUGGCCCUCGCGCCGCAUACGACAGCGCAACACUGCUGGGCCCCGGAUGUGCAUGCAACAAGCCUUUGCUGCCCCAGAUCUCGCAUUCGUCUGCAUGGACCUACGGCCGCUAGGCGGUGCUAGACAUCGAGCUAGACGCAGCAGGCCACCAUUUCGUUCGCGCCCACGCCUCUUCCAACAACAAGCUCCCUGUACUGGUUGGAGCUAUCGCCAAAACUACCUCUCCGCUUUCGUGAAGCUUACCUCUGCGCUCGUCAUUUGACGUCCACCUCUCACCUAAUUGCCAAAUCUGCCGUGCAGGACGACUAGCAGCAGCAGCAGCAGGACCGUCUCUCGUCGACCUCGUCCAGCGCCUGCUGCACAUGCGCCGAUAGACGCUGCUGCUUCGGAGCCUGGCGGAGUUCGUGCUGUCGCACCGUUCGGCGACUCGCAGGCCAAUGUCAGCCGUCCGACACAUCUGAGAGCCAUGCGGAUAAUACCUCUCGAGUCAGAACAAAACCGAACGCUUCCACAGUAGCCCUGCCCAGGAAACAUCCGCCGCUCUGCCGCGAUGUCGUAUGUCACUCCUCUUGUUACCGACCCACUCAUCACUCCGGGUCCACAUGAUCCUCAUGUAUCAUCGCAAACACAUAGGCACGAGCUGUGUAACAGCUACAUGGCCAGUGCGAAUGCUCUUGUAACUAUGUACACUAACAACAUUCCUUACAGCCAUCAGCAAGUGAACCAGCAAUCGGACGCGAAAUCCAACCUCACGAACCAGAACACAUACUCGGCGUCACCAUCGCAACUCACAUUGCCUAGCGACCUGCAGUCGAUCCAGACUCAUCUGGGUCUGCCCAAUCCGUACCAACAGCAGUACUCGUAUCUGGCCAGCCCACACGAUCCCACCGGUUUCACAUUUCCUCCUCCACCCCAAGGAUACCGGCCACACCAAUUACAGACCCAUCACCCUCCCCCGCCGCAGCACUUGCAGCAAAUCUCCCCAACCAACUCGCGCAAACGUCGCGCGUCGGAACUUGAAGGCCUGCCGGGGUCCUCGAGCAGCAAUGCGAGCGUCUUUGGAAAUCCAGUUGGUCUGCUAGGCGGACCGGGUGACCUUGACCCGGGUGGACUGGGUGGGCCGCCACCGCAGCCUGUCGCGCCGACCCCACCGGUGAAGAAAGGGCGCACAAACACCCCGUGGACGCCUGCCGAAGAGCAGAGACUCAAGACGCUGCGCGAUGCGGGCAGUAGCUGGAGUGAGAUUGCGAAAACCUUUCCCACCCGAACGGAGGGAAGCGUGAAGAAGCAUUGGUACAAAGACAUGCACUAUGCUGAGUUCGCGGAAGACGAGAGUGCCGCACUGCUCCAAGCCAUCAAAGACUAUGAGAACAAUAAGUGGAAAGUCAUUGGCCAGAAGGUGGGCAAGCCGGCGAAGGCUUGCGAGCAGUUCGCGAAGGAGCAAGGCUGGAAAGUCUGAAGAUCAGCGAUGGUUGCUUUGAUGGUUGGCGCAUAUAGCAUAUGGUCUUAUUGCAUGCGCGCGCGCUUUUGGAAAGAGAUACCCACGCGCAACUGGCGAUGCGCGAAGCUUGGAUUUGGCGUUCAAUGUUCGUUUCGAGGCUCGACUUCACUCUUCCUUUCUACUGAAUGGCAUGCGUCUCGGCGAGGCGUUUGGGGAGUUCAUAAUGGAAUAUGAACGCUCGGUAAUGCGAGAUAGCAUGCGGACUUGAUCUUGUACGGAUACCAGGCGAAGGGUCAAAAAGAAGGCAUAGGACUUGGGUGUUAUGGCAGUGGGUUGCCGACGGAUUUGGGCUGAGUUGGCAAAACAGGAGCAUUAUCGUGUCCUUACAGGCGAGUUCAACGACGGCUUUGCGGUAGCAGACGACGGCACAGCAGUAGUGUUAUGGAGGGUAGU